AUGUUCCAUGGCUUAGAUGAUAAUGAUACUGACAACAAUGAGACGUAUGUUGUAUUCAAAGGCUCAAGCAUGAGGAAAAUACCAAAUCCAAGAAGAUUAAUUAGUGGUUUAUUCCCUAUACUACGAUGGUCACGGAGUUACGAUGUAGGACAGGCAGCAGGGGACUUAAUAGCUGGUAUUACCAUAGCCCUCACACUGAUACCACAGUCGAUGGCCUACGCUUCGCUCGCUGGCUUCGAACCUCAGUAUGGGUUAUACGCUUCCUUCAUUGGAGGUUUUGUGUACGCGCUGAUGGGGACAUGCCCUCAAGUGAACAUAGGACCUUCAGCGUUACUGUCGCUCCUCACAUUCACAUACACAAAUGGAACCAACGCUGACUUUGCAGUACUUCUUUGCCUGAUGGCGGGCAUUGUUCAACUGGUAGCAGGCUUUGCGCAACUAGGUUUUCUAGUGGAGUUUGUGUCACUGCCGGUGGUAUCAGGCUUCACAUCGGCCGCAGCUCUCACUAUUGCUUCAGCACAGAUAAAGGGUUUACUCGGAUUAAAGUUCAGUGCUGACACGUUCAUGGAUACGUGGAAAAAUCUAUUUAAGCAUAUUGGACAAACUAGGAUGCCUGACACUUUGCUCAGCUUGUCAUGUUGCAUUGUACUGAUGGGACUGCGGUGGGUCUCACGCACAUCAACAGACUAUAAGGGUAAAGUAACACCAGGUCUUCCGACACCUCAACCCCCUGCAUUUGAAACAAUAGUAGGGAACAGAACUUAUACUGCUGGCCAAAUGUUGUCGCACCUCGGCACAGGUCUUAUCAUUGUACCAAUGAUAGGAAUAUUAAGUAAUGUCGCCAUUGCUAAGGCGUUCGCUAAAGGGAAAACGCUGGAUGCCACGCAAGAAAUUGUGGCGCUUGGAUUUUGCAGCGUUAUCAGCUCUUUCUUUAGAUCGAUGCCGGUAAACGGUUCCUUUAGCCGUAGCGCUGUAAGCGAAGCGUCUGGAGUAAGGACACCCGGAGCCGGACUUUAUACAGGCGUAAUAGUAAUCCUGACAUUGGUGCUGUUGACACCAUAUUUCUACUUCAUCCCUCGCGCCGCACUCGCAUCAGUCAUCGUUUGCGCCGUGCUAAACAUGGUGGACAUAGCUAUUCUUAAAAGAUUGUGGAAAACUAGUAGACCUGAUUUAAUACCUCUGUUGGGCUGUUUCGUCUGCUGUCUCGGCCUUGGCAUCGAAGUGGGUUUAAUAUGUGGCGUAGGCUUUGAUGCUAUUCUACUUUUGUAUUAUCAAUCAAGACCACCAUUGGAUGUCAAGUACGUUAAUGAUGGCAUUCUACCACCGCACUACGCAAUCCGCCCAGUCGGUGGCCUCAGUUUUGCUGGUGCCGAAAGAGUUCGCUCCAAGUUGCUUGCAUUAAAACGCCCGAAAGAAAUCCCAGUGAUACGAAUCACAACAAUAGACUCUCUAACUGUGUUGCCUGAUAACAAUAUGACAGUAAAUGGCACUGCCUUAACUAAUGACGUUGAAGCCAGUGCAGUGAGGCCGGCUGAAGUUCUCAUUAUAUAUUGCGACUCUUUGUAUAGGUUGGACUAUACAUUUUCACAGAGCUUAAAAAUGUUGGUUAUUGAUUGGCGUAGAUCAGGAAGAGUUAUAUUUUGCAAUGUGAAACCAGCAGUAAAGGAACAACUCAGUCAUGUGCUGCAAGAUGCUAUAUAUUGCGACACUGAACAAUUGAGAACUUGUCUUGCUAGUACAAUUAACGAACUACACAAUACUUCAGAUACAGCUUUGUAG